AUGGCUCAGUUGGUAGAAACAGACGAUAUAGAGUCAGUAAGAAAUGAGUUGUCAGAAGUGGAAAGAAGCUUGAGAUUGUCGUUGCCGCAUCUAAGCUCUAGCUUCAGUAGUAGUUCAGUCUUGAGUACUGAAAGGGAUGGUAAUCUUAAUGAAGAAAUUGCAUUGCAAUGGGCUGCUAUUGAAAGGCUGCCUACUGUUCAACGGCUCAGAUCAUCUUUGUUUGAUCAGCCUGAUGACAAUGAAGCUGCAGGUAAAAGAAAAAUGGCGAUUGAUGUUACUAAGCUCAGUGCUCUGGAAAGGCAUAUGUUCAUUGAGAGGCUAAUUAAACACAUUGAGUAUGACAACCUUCGGCUGCUGCAGAACAUGAGAAAAAGAAUGAACAAAGUUGGUUUAGAAUUUCCUUCGGUGGAAAUAAGAUAUAAUGAUCUACAUGUAGAAGCUGUGUGUGAAGUAGUUGAAGGAAAGCCUCUCCCGACUCUUUGGAAUUCCUUUAAAAGCAGUCUUCCGGAUGUUACAAGGCUUCCAGGUCUUGAGUCACGAGUAUCAAAGAUCAGUAUCAUUGAUGGUGUUAGCGGUAUCAUUAAGCCUGGAAGAAUGACUCUCCUGCUUGGUCCUCCAGGAUGUGGGAAGACCACACUAUUAAAGGCACUUUCUGGAAAUCUUAACAAAUCACUCAAGGUAACUGGGGACAUUUCGUACAAUGGAUACAAAUUAACAGAAUUUGUGCCUCAAAAAACUUCUGCUUACAUAAGCCAGUAUGAUCUGCAUAAUGGUGAAAUGACUGUAAGGGAAACGGUUGAUUUCUCGUUGCGCUGUCAAGGUGUUGGAAACAGAGCAGAGAUAAUGACUCAGCUGAGUCGACGGGAGAAACAGGCCGGAAUUCUUCCUGAUCCAGAUAUUGAUACCUACAUGAAGGCCAGUUCUGCUGAGGGACAAAAGACAACGCUCCAAACAGACUACAUUCUAAAAAUACUUGGAAUUGAUACUUGUGCUGACACACUAGUAGGAGAUGCGAUGAGGAGUGGUAUCUCUGGUGGUCAGAAAAAGAGAUUGACAACUGGGGAAAUGAUAGUUGGCCCUACAAGAGCUUUGUUCAUGGACGAAAUAUCAAAUGGAUUGGAUAGUUCAACCACCUAUCAGAUUGUUGCUUGCUUUCAGCAACUAGCACAUAUCCUAGAUGCUACCAUACUCAUUUCACUUCUUCAGCCUGCUCCAGAAACAUUUGAUCUCUUUGAUGAUAUCAUCUUGAUGAGUGAAGGAAAGAUUGUCUAUCAUGGACCUCGAAGCACUGCUGUAGAAUUUUUUCAGAGUUGUGGAUUUAGGUGUCCUGAAAGAAAAGGAGUAGCAGACUUCCUACAGGAGGUCAUUUCAGAAAAGGAUCAAGCACAGUACUGGUAUUCUACUGAAGAAACUUACAUUUAUGUCUCUCUUGAUGCAUUUUCAAGAAAAUUUAGAGAAUCUUCUCACGGCAAGAAGCUAACAAAACAACUAUCAGCAACAUUAGUGAAGUCCAAGAGCCGCAAGGAUGCUAUGAAUUUUACAGCAUAUUCGCUUCCUAAAUGGGAGCUUUUUAGGGCUUGUCUAUCAAGAGAAUUCUUGUUGAUGAAAAGGAAUCGCUUUGUCUACAUUUUCAAGUCCGUUCAGCUUUUCAUUUCAGCAUCUAUCACAAUGACAAUAUUUUUGCGGACAAGGAUGGGCCUUGAUCUUCUUCAUGCAAACAAGUACAUGGGAGUUUUGUUCUUUGCAGGUGGCGUUCUUGUUGUUGAUGGACUUCCAGAGUUGUCAAUGACUGUUACAAGACUUGCAGUUUUCUACAAACAGAGAGAUCUACUCUUCUACCCAGCUUGGGCUUAUGCAAUUCCAAGUGCCAUUCUGAAGCUUCCGCUCUCAUUGUUGGAAGCUGUAGUUUGGACAUGUUUGACUUAUUAUGUCAUUGGAUACGAUCCUGAGGUAGGAAGGUUCUUUCGCCAUUUAAUUUUAUUAUUUGCUCUUCACAUGGCAUCGAUAUCCAUGUAUCGGUUUGUUGCAUCUGUAUGCCGAACCGUGGUUGUUGCCUCGAUGGUUGGUCUCUUAACACUGUUAUUGGUCUUUCUCUUCUGUGGCUUCAUAAUCCCCAGGCCCACCAUGCCAAAUUGGCUAAAGUGGGCAUUUUGGGUUUCUCCACUGUCGUAUGGUGAGAUUGGCCUUACUCUAAAUGAAUUUCUUUCCCCACGUUGGAAGAAGAUGCUUCCAACAAAUACCAGUGUUGGACAAGAAACGCUUGAUGCCCGAGGAUUGAACUUUGAUGCAUACUUUUUCUGGAUUUCACUUGGUGCUUUGUUCGGCUUCACUUUACUGUUCAAUCUUGGUUACACUUUGGCCUUAACAUUUUUAAACCCAGGAAAAAUGGCUUUACCUUUUGAGCCACUAACUGUGGUGUUCCAAGAUUUGCAGUACUAUGUUGAGACUCCUUUGGCUAUGAAAGAGCAAGGUUUCCCAGAGAAAAGGCUCCAACUUCUUUGUGAUAUUACAGGGACCUUCAGGCCUGGUGUUCUUACAGCACUUAUGGGAGUCAGCGGAGCUGGAAAAACAACUCUUCUUGAUGUGCUUGCUGGUAGAAAAACUAGUGGGUAUACAGAAGGAGAGAUAAAAAUUGGAGGGUUUCCCAAAGUUCAAAGGACCUUUGCUCGAAUCUCGGGUUAUUGUGAGCAAACUGAUAUACAUUCCCCUCAAAUUACUGUAGAAGAAUCAGUCCUUUUUUCUGCUUGGUUACGACUUCAUCCACAGAUAGAUUCGAAGACUAAAAUUGAUUUUGUGAAAGAGGUCCUUGAGACCAUUGAACUUGACGGGAUAAAAGAUGUUCUUGUGGGCAUUCCAGGCGUUAAUGGCUUGUCAACUGAGCAACGCAAGCGGCUCACAAUUGCAGUGGAAUUUGUUGCUAAUCCAUCAAUUAUCUUCCUGGAUGAACCUACAACUGGAUUAGAUGCAAGAGCAGCUGCUAUUGUAAUGCGAGGUGUUAAGAAUGUUGCUAGUACAGGAAGAACGAUUGUUUGCACCAUCCACCAACCAAGCAUUGACAUAUUUGAAGCAUUUGAUGAGUUAAUUCUUCUUAAAUCUGGUGGACGUAUGAUCUACAGUGGACUGUUGGGUCGAAACUCUAGUGAAGUCAUUGAUUACUUUGAGGGUAUCCCAGGUGUGCCAAAAAUAAGGAAUAAUUAUAAUCCAGCAACAUGGAUGUUAGAGGUCACUUCAACAUCUUCAGAAGCUGAGCUUGGUGUAGACUUUGCUGAGAUCUACAAGCAUUCUUCUUUGUAUGAGAUUAACAAAGAACUUGCGAAUACCCUGAGCACGCCACCUAUUGGUCAUAAAGCUUUGGAUUUCCCAACGCACUUUGCACAAAAUGGUUGGAUUCAGUUCAAAACUUGUCUCUGGAAACAACACUGGUCUUACUGGAGAAGUCCUUCUUACAACUGGACGCGCUUCUUAUUCAUGUUUAUUACAUCUCUGAUUUUCGGGGCAUUAUUUUGGAAGCAAGGGAAAAAGAUGAAAGAUCAGCAGAGCUUAUUCAACAUGCUUGCUUCGAUGUUCUCCGCAAUGUUCUUUUGUGGUGUAUUUAAUUCAUCUACAAUUUUGCCAUAUGUCAGCACUGAGCGAACUGUUUUAUACAGAGAAAGAUUUGCAGGAAUGUAUGCUACUUGGGCUUAUACACUCGCUCAGGUCAUAAUUGAGAUCCCUUAUGUCUUUAUCCAAGUAUUGGCGUUUACGGUAAUCACAUAUCCAAUGAUUGGGUAUUAUUGGUCAGCUUACAAGGUUUUCUGGUACAUGUACUCCAUGUUCUGUACCUUGUUGUGCUACAAUUGUGUCGGCAUGACAAUUGUCUCGAUAACACCAAGCUAUCCAUUGGCUGCAGUUCUACAAUCAGCUUUUUACAAUAUCUUCUACCUUUUUGCUGGAUUUCUGAUUCCUCGACCGCAAAUCCCAAAGUGGUGGGUAUGGCUAUACUAUUUAUCUCCUACAUCUUGGACACUGAAUGGAAUGCUUACGUCGCAGUAUGGAGAUAUUCACGAGCCGAUUCAGGUUUUUGGACAAACUACGACUGUAGCCAAGUUUCUGAGGGAUUACUUUGGAUUUCAUCACGAUCAACUACCUGUCGUGGCUGUUAUCUCAAUUCUGUACCCAACUGUUUUGGCCUGUAUGUUUUCAUAUUUUAUUGCAAAGUUAAACUUCCAAAAGAGAUAAUCAACAAUGUUGUCAAGGAUUGAUCAGAUUCUAUGGUCAUUUUCAUUCUGCAUUGUACGC